AGCCACAGGCAGGGACUAGUUCUGGGCUCUUCCAGCUAACAGCCUUGGUGCUAUUCCUUACAGAUAUGGACACAGAGAGGGAAGCCCUGCAAAAGUCAGCCUACCCCGAAGUGCAAACCUUCUGCCAGAAGCACGGCCUGAUGUUCGAGGUUGUUGAUCUGAGGUGGGGUGUUCGGAACACUGAGGCCACUGACCACCUGACCACAGAACUGUGUUUGGAGGAGAUUGACCGGUGUCAGAAAACAUCGAUUGGGCCAACAUUUGUGGCCCUCGUAGGUGACCAGUACGGGCCCUGCGUGGUGCCCCCACUGAUCGAGGAGAAGGAGUGGGAGGCGCUGAGGGCACAGCUGAAGACCAGGCCACGCGACUUGGAGCUGGUGGCGCGCCGCUUCCGGAAGGACGAGAACGCUGUCCCUCCUGCCUACAUGCUGCAGGCUGCAGGUGCUGGGGAGUCCCGUGGACCCGAGGAGGUCACCCUGACCUCUGUCCUGCAUGCCGGGGCCCAGGAAGCCCGGAGGCUGGGACUCAUCACCCAGGAGCAGUGGUACCGCUACCAUCGAUCAGUCAUUGAGUGGGAGAUCGAGCGCGGCCUGCUGAGCUCAGAGGACGGGGACCAGGGUGCCACCGUCUUCCUGCGUGAGAUCCAGGACCUCAACAAACACAUCCUGGAUGAUUGUGCCCUGCGCCUGGUGGACCGGCUCCCAGAUGGCUGCCUGGACACAGAUGCCCAGAACCUUCUCAGCAGCCUCAAGGGGCGCAUUGCUGAAGAGCACCCUGGUGCCCUCAAGACCCACCAUCUGCCGUGGAGCCGCGACCUGGUGAACCCCAAGAACAAGGCCCAUGCCAGGUACCUGAAGGAGCUAGGGGAGCAGUUUGUGGCCAGGGCCAACCACCAGGUCCUGGAGUGUCUCCGUGAGCUGCAGGCAGCCACACAGGACCUGGCCUGGCUGUACGAGGACAUUCGCCACCACCUAGGCCAGAGUGCUGAGGCUGCGCGCACCUUCUGUGGCCACCGCGAGCUCCUGGCCCAGCUCGGGCAGAGGCUCCGGCAGAGCCACAGCACACCCCACAGCCCCCAGGUGAUCUACGGACCCCCAGGCAUCGGAAAGACGGCGCUGAUGUGCAAACUGGCUGAGCUAGUGCCAGGGCUGCUUGGCCAGAAGACGGUAACUGUCCUGCGGCUCCUGGGAACCUCGCAGAUGAGUGCUGAUGCACGCAGCCUGCUCCGGAGCAUCUGCUUCCAGGUGUGCCUGGCUUUUGGACUGCCCCUACCCCCUGCCCAGGUCCUGGAGGCCCACACCAGAGUGGUCCAAUUCUUCCACAGCCUCCUCCACACCGUGUCCCGCAGAAACUUCGAGGCCCUUAUCAUCCUCCUGGACUCCCUGGAUGACCUGGACACUGUCCGCCAUACCCACAGGGUCCCCUGGUUGCCCCCGCAGUGUCCCCCGAGGGUCCACCUCAUCCUCUCAGUGUGUUCGGGGCAGCAGCAGGGAGUGCUGGACAUGGUGCGGCAGACGCUUCUGGAUCCUGGGGCCUACUGGCAGGUGAAGCCCCUCUCCGCGAACCAAGGGCAAGAGAUGAUCGAGCUCCUGCUGGCGGCCGCGAGGAGGACACUGAGCCAGGCCCAGCGGGACCUGCUGUGGGCCAGCCUUCCUGAGUGCGGGCACCCAGGCCGGCUGAGGCUGGCCUUUGAGGAGGCCCGGAAGUGGGCCUCCUUCUCUGUGCCUGCCCCUCUGGCCUCCACUGCCCAGGAAGCCACACACCAGUUAUGUGCCCGCCUGGAGCAGACACACGGCCAGCUCCUGGUGUCCCACGUGCUGGGCUAUAUUGUGGCUUCCCGGCACGGGCUCUCAGAGGCAGAGCUGAAGGAUGUCCUGUCCUUGGAUGACGAGGUCCUGCAGGCUGUGUACCGGGACUGGACGCCACCCAGCAAGGAGCUGCUCCGAUUCCCUCCCCUGCUGUGGGUGAGGCUCCGGCGAGAUCUGGGCACCUGCUUGGCUCGGCGGCCCAUGGAUGGCUGCAUGCUCCUGGCCCUCACCUACAGACAGCUGGCCGAGGUGGUCUGUGAGCGCUAUCUGUCUGGGCCUGAGAAAGUCAAGCGGCACAGCAUACUGGCUGACUUCUUCUCGGGGGCCUGGAGCCAGGGCACCAAGAAGCUCAUCACCCUGCCUCUCCUGGGGAAGCCACUGAACCUGGACCGCAAGGUGGCCCCUCAGCCCCUCUGGUUCUCAGACACAGUCGCAAACCUCAGGAAGCUAAAGGAGCUGCCCUUCCACCUGCUCCACGCAGGCCGCAUGGAGGAGCUGAAGCAGGAUGUGCUAGGCAGCAUGAGUUGGAUCUCCUGCCGGGCCAUGUCUGGGGGCCUCGAGGCCCUCCUGGAUGACUUUGACCUGUGCGCCCCACACAUGGACUCCCCCGAGGUUGGGCUGGUCUGCGAGGCCCUGCAGCUUGCCCGCCCCGCCAUGGAGCUCCGAGGCCUAGAGAGAAACGUCCUCUACACAGAACUCCUGGCCAGGCUCCAUUUCUUUGCCACCACACACCCAGCACUGGUGGGGCAGCUAUGCCAACAGGCGCAGAGCUGGUUCCGGGUGUGUCCCCACCCAGUGUUGGUGCCUCUCACAGGGUUCCUCCAGCCCCCUGGUGGGCCCCUCCGGGUGACCCUCACCGGCUGCCACAAAGGCAUCACUGCUAUGGCAUGGAGCCUGGAAGAGCUGCUGCUGGUGGUUGGCACCCAGGAUGGCACCGUGGCUGUGUGGGACAUGAAAGAGCACCAGGUGAUCCACAUCCUAGCUGGGCACACAGGAGAAGUGAGGUGUGUGAAAGUGUUUGCCAAAGGGACACUUGCCAUCUCUGCCUCCAAGGACCACACACUGCGCUUGUGGAACUUACUCUCUGGCCAGGAGAAAUUCACCAUCCGGGAUGGAGGCUCAAAAGAUCCCACUGAAUCUCAGUUCUGGAACCUCCACCUAGACGAAGCAAACAAAGUUGUGUAUUCAACAUCUGGCUCAAAGGUUAAUGCAUGGAAUCUGGAAACCGCAGAGCCCGUGUUCCAUAUCCUGGGAGAUGCCUCUGACGCCUGGGUGUGUACAGCAGUAUUUGCCUCCCAGGCCCGGCUGCUGAUGGUGUCUGUUCGUGGCGUGGUCAGUCUGUGGAGCUCAGCUACAGGAAAACCGCAGGGGAAGCAACAACUGUCCAGUGUCAAAGAAGAAACACCCACGUGUGGGGUUGAAGUCCCAAAACGAGGAAAGCUGGUUACUGGGUUCAGCAAUGGCUCUGUCUCUUUGGUUUCUCCCGAAGGAGACCGCCUGCUAGAGAAGCUUCCGGAAGCUGUGGGGUUCCUGGUGAUCUCAGAGGACGAGUCACUUCUCGCUGCAGGCUUCGGAAGAUCCGUGCGGAUAUUCUUGGCUGACUCACAGGGCUUCCACCACUUCAUGGCCACAGAUCUGGAACACGAGGACACGGUGGAGACAGCUGUCUUUGGUCCCAAGAACAAUCUGAUUGUCACAGGGUCCCGUGACUCGCUCAUUCAGGUGUGGAGUCUGUCGGAACAGGGGACUCUGCUGGACAUUCUCGAAGGUGUCAGUGCCCCUGUGACCCUGCUGGCCCGGGGUGGGGCCUUGGUGGCAUCCGCUUCCCAACAGUCCUCGUCUUUCAAAGUCUGGGAUCUCACCUACGUUCAGAAGCCCCGGGUCUCUGCCGCCUUUCUGGACCGCACCGGCCUCACUGCUGUAUCACACAAUGGAAGCUACGUCUACUUCCCCAAGAUUGGGGACAGAAACAAAGUCACCAUCUGGGACCUGGCAGAAGGUGAGGAACAAGAUGCUCUGGACACCUCCAACGAGGUCAGGUGUCUGGAGGUGGCCGAGCAGACCAAGCUCCUCUUCACUGGCCUGGUUUCUGGGAUUGUCCUUGUGUUCCCCCUGAACUCCCGGCAGGAUGUGAUGUGCAUCCCCCCUCCGGAAGCCCGCAAAGCCAUCAACUGCAUGUCGCUGAGCAAGGGUGAGGAGCGCCUGGCCAUCGCCUAUGACAACAUCGUCCUGGUGCUGGACAUCAGCCCCGGGGACCCCUGUCCUGUCAUUGAUGGACCAACCUACACCUUUUACACCCAGCUGCCCGAGACCAUCUCCAGUGUGGCUGUUCUGGCUGACUACCGCGUGGUUUAUGGCAUGACCAACGGUGACCUCUUUCUCUACGAGUGUGCCAACUCCAAGGUGUUCCCUUUGGAGGCCCACAGGAGCCGAGUCACCUGCGUAGAGGUCAGCCACAAGGAGCAGCUUGCCGUAAGCGGGUCAGAGGAUACCCUGCUGUGCCUCUGGGACCUGCAGGCAUGCAAGUGGAAGUUCGAGAUGAGCUACACGAGUUCUUACUGUCGAGGGGUGCAAUGUGCUUGCUUCUCCAAAGAUGACAAGUACGUGUACGCAGGCUUGAAGGAUCGCUCCAUAAUUGUCUGGAGUGUGCUGGAUGGCACCCUACUGGCUGUACAGUUUGUCCACGCUGUGGUGAACAGAAUCAUCCCAACCUCAAAUGGUUUCAUUGCUCCAACCAGACAUGGUUAUCUCAUCCGUGAGCGUUUCCAAUGCCCUUCAUCAAGAACAUCACAGCAGGACCCUCUCAAGAACUUCAAGAAGGCAGUGUGGCUAGUCAAGUCCAGGCAAAGAGAAGAGCUGGCCACCACGACAGGAACACUCCAGGACUCAGAGAAUGCUGAGCGAAAUGAAUCCAAACCAAACAAACGUUCACAGGUCUGUCUAAUAGUGUAGAGCCCCUGAUGGGGGCAUGGAGCUACAAUCACUUAGCCCCAUCCAAUCUGGCUGAAGCAAAGGGAAUAUAUUUGCUGAUGUAUAUCUGAACCCAGGGCCUCAGAUUAUGUAACCCAGACUUUGCCUGUCCCCUUAUUUCCAUUCUUUUCUCCUUAUUGGCUCCAUUCUCAGAUCUGCCAUCCUGUUAGAAAUGUGGUGGCCAACAUGCCAUCUCCAAGUUCAGUGGGAAAAAGAGCUUCCCUUUCCCAAGAGUUCUAACCAAAGUCCUGGCCCUGACUCUAUUGGCCCCAAUUGGCUCAUAUACCCAUCCCUAAACCAAUCAUUGUCUCAGUGAGAACGUAUCACUCCAACUGGCUGG